AUGUGCGGAGGAUUUACUUGUUCAAAAAAUGCACUUAUUGCUCUCAACGUCUUAUAUAUUGUGGUUGCUUCCGUAUUGAUAGGGGUAGCCGUUUAUGGAAGGGCAGCGACUUUAGUGACUAAUUUGCCGAUAGUUGGAGGUAUUUUAGCAUGUGGAAUAAUAUUAAUGUUAAUAUCAAUGCUGGGACUGAUGGGGGCAGUCAAACAUCACCAGGUUAUGUUGUUCUUUUACAUGGUAAUCCUUUUCCUUUUGUUCCUUAUUCAAUUUUCUGUUGCUUGUGCAUGUCUUGGAGUUAAUAGUGAACAACAAACACAGUUAGCAGAAGAAGGAUGGAAAAGGGUAGAUAAUAGAACAAGAUCACAAGUACAAGUUGUUUUUAAUUGCUGUGGAUUUGAUCCAAAAGUUGAUGCAAGUGAUGCCCCACCUGAUUUCAAAGAAAUUGAGGGAAAAGUUUGCAGAGAUCCUAUGAUAGUUGACUGUAAAUGCCCAAACUGCCAUGAUAAACUACAAAAUACCAUCAACUAUGCCUUUAAAUUAUGUGGAUGGAUAGGACUGUUCUUUAGUUUUUCUGAGAUAAUAGGUCUGUUCCUGAGUAAACACUACCGCAAUCUGCACGAUCCUGACGAACUAAGGGCCACAGCAGUUUUUCCCCGACACAAUUUCACCUAUUGAUAUCUAGUCAUUUUGUUCUACAAGUUUAUCUUUCCCUGUAGCCAUAUAUUUUUUAAUUUACCAAAGAUUUUUUAUUUUUUGUACUAUUUUCUCUUGUAUUUGUAAUAUAUAUUUAUAUGUCAGUGUGUAAAUUCUUGGUAUGAAAUGAAAGCGGUAGUGAUAAUUGUUUCAGUAUCGCUAUAGUUGUAUAGGUAUUGUUGCCACUAUUUUUUGUUUGUUUCUCUACUACUUGCGUUAAAGUUAAUUUAUUAUAAGACAAAUGACCAUUCC